AACAUUACUCUUCAAUUUCAUUUAACAUUUAUUUUCACACAUUGCAACACAUACUAAUUUUCCACCAUUUCAAUUCAUACAUACAUGUAUUAAGCUGAACUAGUCCAUUUUGUAGUAUAUAUUACAUCAUUAUUAACAUGCAAUGCAAUCCAACUCAUAUGCUUUUUAAGUUUUGAUUCCAACUUUAACCAACUUUACACAUAAUAUAUGUAGUUAUUUAUGUUAUAGCUUUUACUUAAUUAACUACCUUUAAUUAACUAUAGUCAUUAAUUUAUAACAACUCAUAAAAGCACUGCAAUUUCUUAACCAUGUAAAGAAAAGCAAUGACCACACACACAUUCACCACCUUUCACUGAAAAGUGCAUUUGCACCACACUUGCAUUCAUUUUCCUUCAUCUUAAAUUAGAUUAUUUAUUUAAGUGAUUUUUCUUGCAAUCUUCUUCAUGUGACUUUCACUUCACUUCAAGUUUCCAUUGACAGAAAAUAGAGAGGCUAGUUGAGAAAAUGGGAGUUGUAACUCUUGGUGAAUUGAAGCCUAGUGUUUCAGGAAGAAGAACUUUUCGUCCAAGUUCAAGCAUAAGACAUGCCACUGAAUGGCCAAUUUCUGAUGUUUCUAGUGAUCUUACCAUCCAAAUAGGAGCAUCAACCUUUUCACUUCAUAAGUUUCCUCUUGUUUCUAGGAGUGGAAGAUUUAGGAAGCUUCUAUCAGAAGUAAAAGAUUCAAAAGUUCCGCGCGUAAGUCUUCCAACUGUGCCAGGUGGCAUAGAGGCAUUUGAACUAGCUGCAAAAUUCUGUUAUGGAAUCAACAUUGAUUUCACUCUCUCAAAUAUUGCUAUGCUACAUUGCACAUCACAUUUUCUUGAAAUGACAGAAGAAUUUUCAGAAAAGAAUUUGGUGACAAGAGCUGAAUCAUAUCUAAAAGAAAUAGUACUUCCAAACACAUCAAGCAUUAUAAAUGUUCUUCACCAAUGUGAAAAUCUUGUUCCUUUAGCAGAAGAAAUAAACCUUGUUAAUAGGCUAAUUAACGCAAUUGCGAAUAAUGCAUGCAAAGAGCAACUUACUUCUGGUUUGUUAAAACUUGAUCACACUUUUCCUUCUAAAACAACAUCAAUGAUGGAACCAGAAACACCGUCGGAUUGGUGGGGGAACUCGUUAAAUGUUCUUAGUCUUGAUUUCUUUGAACGUGUUGUAUCGGUUAUGAAAUCGAAGGGAUUAAAACAAGAGUUGAUCAGCAAAAUUUUGGUAAACUAUGCACAUAAUUCUCUUCAAGGGAUUACCAGUGUUAGUUCACUUGACAUAGAAUUGCAAAAGAAACAAAAGGUUAUUGUCGAAACUAUAGUUCGGUUACUACCAACUCAAUCAAGGAAAAGUCCAAUUCCAAUGGCGUUUCUAUCAUGUUUAUUGAAAACUGCGAUAGCAACAUCAGUAUCAACUUCUUGUAAAUGUGAUCUGGAGAGGCGUAUCGGUCUACAACUCGAUCAGGCAAUCCUCGAAGACAUACUUAUUCCAACGAAUUUGCCUUCAAAUACUCACAACAUAAUGUAUGAUAUAGAUUCAAUUUUGAGAAUCUUUUCUACAUUUCUAAACUUAGAUGAUGUGGAUGAUGAAGACAGUGAUUUCAGAGAUGAAAGCCAGAUGAUGUAUGAGUAUGAAUUUGACAGUCCCGGAUCGCCAAAACAAAGCUCAAUUCUUAAGGUAUCGAAAUUACUAGACAAUUUUCUUGCUGAAGUAGCACUAGACUUGAACCUUUUGCCAUCAAAAUUCAUAGCACUUGCCGAACUUCUUCCGGAUCAUGCUCGUGUUACAAGCGAUGGACUUUAUAGAGCUGUUGAUAUCUUCCUUAAGGUUCAUCCGAACAUUAAGGACUCUGAGCGGUAUCGCCUAAGCAAAACAAUCGAUUGUCAGAAACUAUCUCAAGAAGCAUGCAGUCAUGCAGCACAAAACGAAAGGCUACCGGUACAAAUAGGGGUACAAGUUCUAUACUAUGAACAAAUAAGGCUUCGAAACGCGAUGAAUGGAGGACACAAUCAAAUCUUGUUUGGUGGAAUUCAUGGUCAAUUUCCUCAAAGAUCAGGGAGUGGUAUAGGAAGUGGAGCAAUUUCGCCUAGAGAUAACUAUGCAUCGGUAAGAAGAGAGAAUCGAGAGCUGAAGCUUGAAGUUACAAGAAUGAGAAUGAGGUUGAAUGAUUUGGAGAAAGAUCAUGUUUCUAUGAAGCAAGAACUUGUGAAGACACAUCCUGCACACAAAUUCUUCAAAUCAUUUGCCAAAAAACUAAGCAAAUUAAAUGCAAUAUUUCGUAUUAACAGUACUCGUGGCAGUGGAACCGGAAGGUCUAGUUCGCAAACUCAAACUUGGUUUCCUUUUCAAAGGAGAAGGUGUCACUCAGUUUCAUGACUAUAUAUAUGAAAAUGUAUAACAUUUUUCAGUGUAUAGUAUGCAUAAACAUAAUGCAUCAUAUAUAUGAUCAAUGUGACAUUUUUCAACUUGACAGAAUUUUGAGUUAAUACUAUAUGCUUCUGAAUGACUUUUAUUGUGUUCAUCAUUUUCGAAUUUGAGAAGGGGAU